CAUCCCCACUGAGGACACUGGCUCCUAUUCCUCUCCCUGUUCUUCACCCCACCCUCUGCCCCCACCCAGGUCUUUCCGUUUCCUCCGUUCGUCUUGCCUGGACCACUCCUCGGACGCGUUCUGACCUUGCUUAGUAGGCAGCCCCAGUAGACACCAUGGCUUCCGCGGAGCCCCUGACGGCACUGUCCCGCUGGUACCUGUACGCUAUCCAUGGCUACUUCUGUGAGGUGAUGUUCACGGCAGCCUGGGAGUUCGUAUUGAACUUUAACUGGAAGUUCCCAGGGGUCACAAGUGUGUGGGCCCUCUUCAUCUAUGGCACUUCCAUCCUCAUCGUGGAACGCAUGUACCUGCGCUUACGGGGCCGCUGCCCCCUGCUGGUGCGCUGCCUCAUCUACACGUUCUGGACCUACCUGUGGGAGUUCACCACUGGCUUCAUCCUGCGCCAGUUCAACGCCUGCCCCUGGGACUACUCCCAGUUUGACUUUGACUUCAUGGGCCUCAUCACCCUGGAGUACGCCGUGCCCUGGUUUUGUGGGGCCCUCAUCAUGGAGCAGUUCAUCAUCCGAAACACCCUCCGCCUGCGUUUUGACAAGGACGCUGAGCCUGGGGAGCCAGGCAGCCCCCUCGCCCUGGCCAACGGCCACAUCAAGACUGACUGAGUGGGCAGCUGGCUGGUGGAGCCUGGGGGUCUCUCACAGAACCCACAGACAAAGACUGAGCAGGUGGGGUUGGCCGCUUCUGUACAGCACAAGCCCCACCUGGCUUGUCAUAUGGGGCAGACGCAGCCUCCGUAUCCUCCACUGUAGACUGGCUAUGGGAGGGGCCCUUGUCAAGUGUCUGGGGGAGGGGGGGAUGUGGAGGCCACAGAGGGACGUUGGGAAGGGACCAUGGAUCACAGCCUAGCUCAGAGGAUGGCAGUGGGAGGCCUGUGGCUGAGCAGCGAUUGGACUACUGUGGAAGCAUCAGACCCUGUCCUGGCUAAGGGACUUUGAGAAUGGGGCAGAAGGUGAGAGGGAAGGCCUGAAGAGGCUUUGGGCAGCGGCGGCUGCUGCUGCUGCUGCAGUCACCUCUCUCCCUCUCACCUGGGUCUAGUUGGGCUUUGGCUGGUUCCAUUAGGCAAUAUUCAGGUGCUUGCUUGCAACCAAUACCUCCCUGGGGGCCUGCUGAGCUACAGCCUAAGGAGAGACUGGGCAGCCACGAGGCUGCUUGGCAGCAGGGCUGGUCUGCAAAGGUUGGGAGGCCUUCCUUUGGCUCCUCUACCCUCCCCCAGGGCCCCACGCUGCUCCCUUGGCCUUCUCGGGGCCCUCCUGGUGCUGGAUUCCCACCAACCUUGGGCUUUUGGAGGUUUUAAUCCCCGUGUGUUCGGUGGCGUUUCCCCCUUUUCUCUCUUAUUUUCAGAGCUUUUACCUCUAGGCAGCCCUUUUAUCCUUGUCAAUCAUUCCACUCACCCCUGCCCCCAUCCCUAAAUCCAACGCAGCAGCUGCCGGAGAUAGGACCCUGAGACAGACCUUACACUGUCCUCUUGUAGCUGCCCCCUCACUGUUCUGAUGACUGGGGAGCCCCACACCACACCUCCCACCCUGUUUGGUGGGCUGUGGCAGUGUCCCUUGUGCUCUCCUUGCCCCCUCCCCAUAGUCAUCCCGUCGAAAACUAAUUAUACCCCCAAUGCACAGCCAGGCCAAGAUGGACCCUGUGAAUUCAUAGUGGGAGUCUAGAGACAAAACAGUUUGGUGAGAGUAAAGACAGAGAAUUCUAGGUCAUCUAUGCUGAUUGGUUAUUUUUCAAGCCAAUUGGGCAAUCUAGCUUUCUAGGGGAUGGAGGAACCCAUUGCCAGUGUUGGAGACCCAUGGAGAAUGAGCGAGGAAGAAAAAAGAAGAGUCCUUUCAGACUUGGAAGGUUCCUUGGAGCAUCCGGAGUGGGGAGGGAUCAGUUCUGGUUCUGCCAGAAUCCCAGCCUUGGAGCAAAAGCUUCUCAGGGCUGCCCCCUGUCUCCCACCCCCUCCCAGCAAGGACCCUUUGAGCUUACUCCUUAAGCAGUAUUAUCCCUGCUACACUUGCAGGCAUUGUCAUCUUAGUGGCUGUCCUCACCCUUCCCCUGUGACAGGUCCGUGACUGGCAGUGGACAGGUAAAAUCCUCCCUCCAGCUUACUUCCGGCUCCGACCCUACUCCCCAAGGGGAGGGGCUAGCCGGAACGCAGCCCAUCCCAUGGUACAGGGUCUCUUCCUGACCACACUAGGACUCUUAGGUAGAAAUUAGCAUUCCCCUUUUUAUAGAUCAUUAAAAAUGAUACCACCCACGGAGAGAUCUCCUCUUCCUUGUGGGGCAGCUCCUAGACUGAGCAGACGGUGCAGGCCAGGGCGGGGUGGGGUGGCAGCAGGAGUGGUGUCUUGGGCCCAAGAAAAAGGCAUUUGGCAGGAUUGUUUCCUGCAGUGGACCCUGUCCAGUUGAUUCCAACUCACGGGAACCCUGUAGGAUGGAGUAGAACUGCCCCACAGGGUUUCCAAGGAGCGACUGGUGGAUUCAAACUGCCCACCUUUUGGUUAGCAACCAAAUUCUUAACCACUAUGCCACCGGGGCUCCGUUUCCUGGGCAGGCCCCUCAAUCCAGGGAUUAACUAGAUUCUGCAGAGGCCAGCCUGAUUUUAUUGUGGCCCCAAAUCCAGGCCUUUGAGGGUUACAGGGAGCCAGGCUUCCAAUGGAGGUGAUUGCUCCCCAUCUGCAGGUGGAGGGGAUCUCAGAGGAGGUAUUGUGUGGAUUCCCUAUUCCAUCUGGACAAUUGUUUCCUUGGUAUCCUCCCCUCAUUCCAAGUUACCUCAGUCUCCUGGACACUAAUUUCCCUCCAGGACCCCCAUGGGGACCCCUAGACCACACCAUCUACGUUUGUCCUCCCCUCUCACAACUGAAUCUGGUGACAGUUUGCUGAUGUCUCCCAGCUUAAGGCCUCACUAAUUCUCUGCCACAGCAAGCCCUUGCACCGUGUUCAUUCUGGGCCCUAUAAACUCCCAAGUGCAGGAGGUACCGGCAUAGACCUGCCUGCAUGGAAACACACGGAACAUUGUGUUUCCGCUUCAUCUAGGUGCCUGUUGCUGUCACUGCCCCUAGGGCACAGAGCCCCCACCCCAGCACAGGGAGGCACCUCUUCUUGGCCAGACCGUGGCAUCUGCAGGUUCAGAUCUCACCGAGUAGCCCAGACUUCAGCUCUGGCUUUUUUUUGGCAUCUGCAGGACCCCAAUCCCUUAGUACCCAGGGAUUCAACGUUUGGAGGCAUCCAGCCCUGCCAAAGCAAUGGGGGAGGCCUGUGGGGAGUAGGCCCGCUGUUUAUGAACCUCUAGUGUCGUGGGCCUCUCUCCACUGGAUGUGGCAGCAUCUCUGAGUCAGAGAGCAAUGUGCUGCCCUGCAUGGUUGAAUCGCUUCUGACGUCUGCAUUCCAUCCCGUGUGCCCUGUCCCCUCUUCAGUGCCAGUGAGUCACAAUGGCCUCUGCUUAUUCACAGCAAUAAUACCUAGGGAGUGCCUGUGAAGUCCUUUUGUCCUGGUCCCUUGCUCUGCAUGGGUCUCCUGGGGAGGCAGCUGCUGAGUGGGUCAGUUCCUGAGAACCUAUAUUUAUGAAACUGAGUUGUGCAGACACAUUGUCAGGGGAUGCAGAAAGGAGAGAGGGCCUGGCCCUCAAGGAGUUAAUGGCUAAGGCAAGGAGAGUGCCUUCCUCCCCAAGGCCACCCCAGACCUGGAGCAGCUGUAGGCCCUGACUCUGCAAAAGGGCCUUUAAGUGGGUAAAACUGUUUUCCAACUGCAGGCAGUUCUUCAGAAGGACACGACUGGUUUGUGUAUCCAUCGCCUGCUCUGUGUCUGUGUUGGUCUCUGUCUCUCCAUUCCACAUUCGUGCACAUGAAAUAUACCGGUGUUUGUGUUCCAGGGCUGGCUCUGACCCAUCUCUGUUUCUCCUAUGCUGGAGCCCCUUUCACGGGAGCUGCUGGAGGCCAGGCCCUUUCACCUCAACAUCACAUGGUUCUGAGCCAAGAUGGCUGCUGGCUGGGCCCACCGUACGGGGAGGGCAGGUGACACUCCCUGGCAGUGCUUUUCGCUGUCUCUGCUCUGGCCCUCUCUGGUAACCUGAAUCCCUACCAGGUAGUAUAAUCUGAUCCAAGCUUUAUCUCAGUCCCAAGCUGCGAUGGAGAUGAGAGGUCCCUGAGAUGUCCAGGUUGGCUGCACCUGCCCAUGAGAUGAGCUCCUCAUGAGCAUCCUGCCCACAGCCAGAUGCCUCAUGGGCAAGGAUGGCCUGAGGGGGGAGGCCGAGGGUACACCAGAGAGCUGGAAGGCAGAGCCCCUAACUCUCCAUUACAUUGACAAUCACACUUUGAAGAAACAGUGAACUCUGCGUUCCUUCCUGGCAGCUUUGCUUCCCCUGAGAACUGCUUUUGGAUCAAUAAUCCCUCCCUACUUUACAUACCUCUGCUCUAUCUAGUGUCCCCUGUCCUCACCUCCACAGUGGGAUCCUUCCCCACUUUGUAAUUCCAGGAAGAGGGUGGAGGAUUCAAAAGUUGCUCAGUCAGUUUAGCUGUACCCACGUGGGCCUGAUCUCCCUGCCACAGCCAGGCUAUAGAACACCCACUGUUUUCCAGAUGGAGCAGGCAGUGUGAUUUUUGAGUCUUUGGGAAGGCUCUCUGCCUCUCCCACUAAUUUGCAGGUAAUCAUUGAUAGAAAGCUUUUCCCCUUAUGAAAAUGAGCUACCAUAAAGCCCCAACAGUCAUUUACAUGUUAGUAUAAACAAAUAUGUAGGGCUGUCCCCUGAGAGCAGAUUUGUAUAAAAGGAAAGAGGCAAGCAUAAUGAAAGCACCUACCUUAUGGAGCUUCAGAGAAGAGGCAAGAGGUAGGGCCCAGAGAGAGAAAGCUGAGAGGACCUAAGACCCUUCUUAACUGGCUGGCUCUUUCUGUACUCAGUGGAUUCCUUCUUGAUGCUUUUCCUUCUUCACCUGUCCUGCCACCCUCACUCAACCCAAAGGGACCUUCUGGCUAGACUGCACUGAGAGAAAUGCCCCAUGAGAGUUAAUGCUAAGGACCUUGACUGCAUCUUCUAAAAUCUGCCCAGCUGUUUCUAAAUUAAUGCCAAUGCUUAAAUAAUAACAGUGAAUAAAUGACCAUAACCUUGCCUUGUCUUCAUGGGGUGCCUAUCUUGUUGUUAGGUCCCAUCAAGUCAGUUCUGAUUCAUACUGAUCCUAUGUGUAACAGAAUGAAAUACUGCCUGAUCCUGCGCCAUCCUUACAGUUGUUGAAUGGAUGCUUGCAGCUGUUUCUUCUCAUUUUGAGUCAUGCCACAUCAGCAGAUGAAGGUCCCAGAAGCUUUACUCCACCCACAUCAUUAAGGUUGACUCUACUUUGAGGAGGCAGCUCUUCCCCAGUUGUAUUUUGAGUGCCUUCCAACCUGAGGGGCUCAUCUUCCAGAACUAUAUCAGACAAUGUUCUACUGCUAUUCAUAAGGUUUUCACUGGCCAGUUUCUUCAGAAAUAGAUUGCCAGGCUAUGCCUAGUCUGUCUUAGUCUGGAAGCUCUGGUGAGACCUUUCCAACGUGGGUAAUACUGAUGGCAUAGCUUCCAGCAUCACAGCAACACGAGAACCACCACAGUAUGGCAAACUGACAGAUGCAGGGUGGGUGCCUAUCUUAGAAGGGUGUGUUGCCUACAUUGCCCUCUGGUGCAACCAAGGGACAGGUAGAUUGUCUCUGUUUGGUGGGCAGGGAAACAGGUACAGGAAAAGGCAGCAGCUGACUCAUCAUAUUGCAGUAGCAGGUUAAAUGUGCCUGGGUCUUAACUUCAGCAACAGCUGCCGCUCUACCACUGCUAAUACAGCAACUGCUAGUAGGCACUAUGCUGAGUGCUUUAUGUGCAUUCUCUCAUUACCCAUUUGAGAUGAGCAUCAUUAUUCCCACGGGUCUCUGGGUGGCCAAAAUGGUUAAGUGCUCAACUACUAGCUGAAAUGUUGGCAGUUUGAACCCACUCAGAAGCACCUUCAAAAGACACGACUGGUGAUCUGCUUCCAAAAGAUCAGAGCCUUGAAAACCCUAUGGAGCAGUUCUACUCUGCACACACGGAGUCACCAUGAGGUGGAAUUGACUCAAUGGCAACUAACAACAACAACCAUUAUUUCCCUAUUUUACAGAGAAGGUCUGUUGGCAACCAGUCUGUAACCCCAGAUUUAGCAUCUUGCUCUGAAAACCACUCUUUUGUUUCAUUAUAAGCAGGAGACUCUUUGGGGGAGGAUUUGUGCUGGGUCAGGUACCCCUUUGUAUUUGGAUGAGAUUCUAGAUAUAUUUAGAGACCAGCCCAGGAGAAUGCUAUUUACAAAGACUGUCUUCAUGGGAGUCCUGAGUUCUUGGAAUCAAAGAGAAAUGAAAAUGUUUGGAGUGGGAGGGUAGGGAGGAGAGAGGAGGGUGAUAAUGAUAAUGAUAAUGGAGGAGAUAUGGGAUGCCAUCUUAGCCAAGACUAAUGAUGAUUGGCAAAGAGAGCCCUCAUAGUAGUGGGAGAGAUGUGAAAUUUUGGCCUCUGGCAGUUCUGGGCUUAGCGCUGCCACCUCUGCCUCUCGUGUUCUUCCCACACACAGCCUUAUUUUUGCCCUGGGUCUUUUCUCUUUGAUCCUAUUUGGGCCCCUGGCUUUGGGUGAUCACAGAAGGUUUGAAACUGCCUGCCUCUCCCCAGAUGAAGACUUUUUCCUCAUAGCAAGAUAAGAACCUUCUGCCAGUUGCCUUCUGAAUGUUCAGAUGGGCCUGAGAAUUGACCUGUUUAGUUCAACCCUUUACUGGACACUUAACAAUGAGCCAGUGACCCAGCUAGUUACUGUGGAGCUUACAGUCAGGCUAGUCGGCAGAUAGACAUUGAACAGAUGCUUACACAGAUAGUGUUAUUAUGUUGAUCAGUCUUGCAAAGGAGAAGCGUCUAAUAGAUGAACCUGACUCAUCUAUUGGGACAGGUAAGGAUUCCCCAUGGGACAGACACUUAAUGAAGACCUGAAGGUCAAUUACUGAUGCUUUCAAAGUUGGGUUGGAUUCUCAGUGUCCAGCAAUGCAGACAUUUACUGUGUCCUGAGAGGUGCCUGGAUGUCAUGCAGAACAAAGUCAGCACACAGUGGGUGCUUUAAGGAACUCUUGAUGAAUGAAGUCUUACAGCAUAUCAGCCCUGGUGACCCUGGCUGAAUGGUUCCGGAACACUACCGAGUUCUUUGGGAACCUGGAACUAGGAUUCCUGUUUAGACAACCUUCUCUGCCAUAUCUGUUCUACCACCUUAGACCAACUCACUGUCCUACUCUCUCUUUCCAAAUCAUUAGUCCUGCUGAGCCCUGCCUGCAUCCCAGCUUCACUCUUGGAGUCGUUGGGCCUUGGCCAAAGACCCAGCUCCACUGAUGUGCCCAUUAUUUCAUUCUGGGGAUAGGCUUUCUUGGUUUGGGUAAAGGUGGUCUGGUCUGGCUCCUUGCCUCCAUCACAAUCACACGCUCUACCCAGAAAGGAAGGUUUCUGGUUUAUAAAUGUCCACAUAAGGUGAAGAGUCUUGAGGCUGGCUUCUUAGAGUAUAGGGUUUGGGACUAAGGAAGGAGAUUUUUGCAGAAGGCUUUCAUCCUGUACCCACUUAGGAGUUCCAUUAAGAGCAAGAACACCUAUGGGUGGAUAAUGAGGAGGGUCCACCACAUGAAGAUGAGGAAAGAAUAUUUCAUGCAGAAACAGCUAGUGUACAAGUCUAAACAUGGGAAUGUGCUUGGAAAAUUUAGGGAACAGAAAAAGGCCAGUGUGGGUGGAUCUUAUCAAGUAAGGGGAUGAGGAGGUAUACAGGAUGCUGGUUAGAGAGGGAGGCAGAGGUCAGAUCCUUUAGGGCUCUGAAGGCUGGGGUCAGGAUGGAGGAGGUGGGGAGGAGAGAUGACUAUGGAGCUCUUAAGGAAGGAGAACUCUGGGGCCUGACCCAAUCCCUCCCAGGGAACAUGAUAUAGGGAGGCCCCUUCCGAGGGUUGGGUCCGAGCAGGGGAAAGCUGCAGACAGGACCGGGGUCCCUCAUGCCCUUGUUGUUUUCUUGCCCCCUUAGGGGAUGGGUCAUGAGUUGAGGUCAGCAUAACUGCAGGAUGGGUCUGUAUGAUUCCUGCAAACCCUCCUCUCUACCUGUUACGCAAGGACUCCUGCCUUGGGGAAGAUUGCGCCAGACAUAUUCUGCAGGGCUUUAUCAACUAACCUGUACACACACACACACACACACACAGUCUUACCUUCGUGAGCUGGGCCUACUGAGGCCCUGCUGAAGCUACCUGGGAGCUAAGUCUCCAUUCUACUAACAGACCCUUGGAGUCUCCAAGGCCUUGGAGGUAUAGGACACCCAGAUUGGGGCAAGUGUUGGGGAGAAGCACGCGUACCGAGUCACAUGGACUUACAUUCUGUUGAAAGGAAAAAUCUGAUUAACAAGUCAUUUAGAGUUAACAGAAUUUAUUAAGCGAUAAGCUGUUCAUGAACAGGGAGCAUUCACGCUGAAAGUGGCAAGAUGCUCGCUUAAGCAGCAGAAGUAUGGCAUUUUUAUAAGCAGUUAGGGAAUUUCCAGGAGGGAAGUUAUAAAGGUUGAAUCAUAGAUACGUUUUUAAUUGAAAGGAGGGUUUUACAAAGCAGGGGUCUUUCUGUCAUUGGUUCCAUAGUUAUACUUGUCUGUUGGGAAUUGGUGAAUCUGGUAUGGUGAGUCAGAAACAUUUUUUAAUCGUCAAGUUUUUGUUUUUGAAGAUUUUCUGUGUGUAGAACACUUUGAAAAAUUCCAUAUUGUUCUGUCACGGUUUGUACCUGGCACAAAUAGCCAUUCUGAUUUAUUUGUUCUUGGAAAGGUUUUUUGCACCUGGCACAAAUGGCCAUUAAAUUUUAUUUAAUAUUUAACAGUUCUAACCCUGACUCUACCACUUACUAUCUGUAUGAGCUUUGGCAAGACACUGAGCCCCUCUGAGAUUCAGUCCAAAGGAUUUAGUUCAGUUUAGUUUGGUUCACUGGAAGCAUAUUCUUUACUCCUCUGAGGCUGAGUAUAAACGUAACUACACUGAGGACUUGGAACAACCAGAGGGGACAUUAGAUCCCAGUUCAGCAUAGCACACAUCUUAAAAUGGAGUAUUAGACAUCACUUUAUUAAAAGUCUUGUGAAUAUGCUUGCCUUUGGGAAAUUUUUUACUGGCCAACUCUGGCCCAUUCUCCUGUUGAUGUUGGGUGCUGGGUGCCCUGGGACUAAGGGGUUUCUCAAGAUAUGGGUUUUUCAAAACUGGGAAAGUCCUGGGAGAACUAGGACCAGUUGGUGAUCCAAACUUGUGGAAACUUAAAAAGUCCUUACUAAUUGCAAUAAAAUUUAGUUCCUGCUUUGGGAAAUGACUCCCACUGGACAUGGUCUUGGCCAAGGAUGGAGUCCUGACCAAAACCAAGACAAUCAGCUCCUUUCUCUUCAUCUUCGUUUCCUAGUGUUGCUGUAACAGAAACAUACGUGGAUGGUUUUAAAGAACAGAAAUUAAUUUUCUUACAGCUCUGGAGACUCAAAGUCCAAAUCAGGAAUUGGCUGUGUUAAUUCCUUCCUUGUAGGUAGUCCUGGGCAUGCCUUGGUUCCUUUGAUUGUAGAUGAUCCUGAUAUGGUGCCUGUCUUCCCCUGCGUGUGCUUGUGUGCAUACUCUGUGCUACUCUGUUCUUUUUAUAACUCAGAAGUGAUUAGAUUUAGAACCCGGCCUACUGGGAUAUACUCUAAUUAACAUAACAAAGAAAACCCCUUUGCAGGUGUAGGGAUUAGGAUUCCAACACAUAUUUCAAGGGGACACAAUUCAAUCCAUAGCACGCUUUCCUUUGAAUCUCAACAUAGCCUGAAGGGACUCUCCAAUAAUUCCUACUACCUAGAUCCCUGGAGGUAUUUUGAUUCCUGUUGUUUUUUAAGUUUGUUCUUCAGCCUUUCUUUCAACUCUGUGGGGUACCCCUCUAGGUUUCCAAUAAAUUCCUUUUCUGUUUCUGUUAGUCAGUUGGUUCUGUUGCUUUCAACCCCUCUCCCCAUUCUCCUUACAGCAGUGAGGACCUUAGGUAUCUUGACAGUUUAAAUCCCUGCUAUACACCUGACUUCUUUUGAAACAUCUGUCACCUGUGAUCCAUAUCUUUAGCCCUCAAACUUCCCCUCCCUAACCUGCAUGAGUUACUGUCCAAGCCUUAAGCUAAAACCCCUUAUCUAAUCCUCACUUUCAUUCCCAAGACCUAGCCUAUUAAAGUCUGUGCUUGGCACCCUGUUCCCCUGUUCUUGAGUCUUAGGCUGAUUCUGCUGAAAGCUGGAGGAAGCCCCAACAUGGGGGUGCCCCAAACUAAGGCCUCUUUUAUAAACUUUAGAGCACCCAGAAAUACAAAUCAUGACCUGUCAAAUGUUGCAUGUUCCCCAGGACUCAGACCUGAUCCAUUUCGGAAAAUUUGAUUUAGGAGUUGUCCUUUUCUGCAUUAGGGUUUCCAGGAGUCCUUUGGAGGCAGGCAGUUUACUCUCUAGGUGAAGAGUCAAGGGCAGCUAGCUAGUGCCCAGGGUCCCCUGGUUUGCCAACCAACAGCUCCUUGGGGACAGUCUGACCUGCCGAACCAAAGCCAGGAGUUAAGACAAGAGACAAAAACUUGUGUGUACUUCUUCAACCCCAAAGGACAUAUCUCUUCCUUGGAUUCCUUUAGAAAUAAAAACAAAAUCACAUUAAGUGUUAUUUUGCUGACUUUCAAUCUGUUCCCCUAGGGCCUCAGGCUGGCUGACCAGCAGGACCAGAUGGCAUUUUCUGCAGGAAUAGCUCAUGGGCUUUUACAUGGGCUAGGAACAUCUUAAGAAACAAAUUUUCUUCUCCUUCUGAUUGACAUAUCUGUGCAUUCCUUCAGUUAUUCAUAUAUUUUUCUCUUUAUGACUCUGAUGAAGGCACUUGACACCCAAUUCUGGCUUACAUUUCACCUCCUUGAGAUGACAGCAGACCUCGUCACCCAGAAGGAGGGAGGAUGAGGGGAAGGGGAGGGAGUAGAAAAGGCCGGGAAAGGGAAGAAGCCAGAUUGCUCCAUCUUUAUAAUUCUGUUUGCAACCAGCCUCUUCCUCAGACUUUCUGGAAUGUGGCUGGCUACCGUCUACACUCACUGAUCGCCUGGGAAUUUCCUGGUUGCCCAACAAAAAAAUUCAACCUCCCAGGCUAUGGAGUCAUUAGACCUGAGUUUGAAUCUUAUGUGAGUGUGUAAUGCAACCUAAGCCUCAUUUUCUUCAUCUAAAAAUGAGGCUAAUAAUAGGACUUACCUCCCAGAGCUGUGGGGAUUAGAUGAGGCAGUGCUUGUCAAGUGCUUAGCACGCAAGUGAUGUCAGAUAUUAGCAGAAAUAUUUUCCUUCAUUAAUCUCGUAAGUCAAAUGCAAGCAGAUGCCACUCCAGCUAGUAUUUCUGGACUCCUGCUGGUACAGUCAUGGUGGCCAAAAGCAUGGACCUUGGAGUGCUCCUUAUCUGGCCCUGGCCACCUCUUAAGAAGGCAAAUUACUUAAUCUCUAUACACAUUUCCUCAUCUGUAAAAUGGGGGUAAUAAGACCUACCCUCUCUCUAGGAUUAUUGUGAGGGUUAAGUUAAAUAGGAUAAUACGUCUAAUGUACUUAGUACAGAGCCAUAGUCCCUUAUCCAAAACCUGUUGGAUUUCACAAUAUUUUUCACAAGGUAUCACAAUAAAUUCAAUAAUAUUUAUACUGUAUAUACUCAGGUGUGGGUCAGCACCCCAUGGUCAAACAUAUUAAUAUGUCUAGAAUGAAACCUAUGAAUAUUCAUACUAAAUGGGGUAGAUAAAGACUUUAAUAUUGAAUAUACCAUGAACUGCCAAAAGAGUGAACAAAUCUGUCUUGGAAGAAGUAUAACCAGAACGUUCCUUGGAAGCAAGGAUGGUGAGACUAUGUCUCAUAUACUUGGGACAUGUUAUCAGGGGGAUCAGUUCCUGGAAAAGGACAUCAUGGGUGGUAAAGAAGAGGGUCAGUGAAAAAGAGGAAGAUCCCCAAUGAGAUGGAUUGACAUAGUGGCUGCAACAAUGGGCUCAAAAGUAACAACAAUUGUGAGGAUGGCGCAAGGCCGGGCAGUGUUUUGUUCUGUUGUAUAUGGGGUCGCUAUGGUUAGAACCAGCUCAACAGCACCUAACAAUAAACAAAACAAAGACUCUAAAUGGCCUUACAACAGUUCAAGUCAAAUGAGUUUUGAUUAAAAAAAAAAAGUUUUGUGUUUCAGGAAAUGACAGCUUUUGUAUUGAGGGUGGAUAAAUUAUAAAAUUACUGCCCCUCACAAUGCCCUCUGGUUUACAAAACUCUCAUUCAUCAUCUCAUUUGACCCUCACUUUGUGAGACAGGCAGGGCAAGUAUUACGAUUCCCACUUCAUAGAUUAAAAAAACUGAGGAUCAGUAGAGUGAUUUGUUCUGUGUCACAUGGCUUAUAACUGACAGCACCAGGGUGCCUGGGUCGACUGGGCCAAGGACUCUUCCCAUCAUACCGCACAGUGUGACAGGCAUGACCCUGUCACAACCAUCCCCUUUGCUUUGAACUUACCAAAAAAAAAAAAAAAGGUACGACUAAAUAGUCAAGUUUUUGUCUCAUCUAUCUAAGUGCCUGUAUGUACAUUUCUUCACUGUUCUCAGAUUCUACUUUUCCCACCUUGGUACCUGAUACACAUUUCACCAUAUUGAAAUAAACAACUUCCUUGUCAUUGCAAAUUAACUAUGGAGCCUUCCAGAGCCUUAAUUUAACUCAAUCAGCUUAGCUAUUCCCCUAUUCCUGGGUAUUUGCGUGUUUCCUAUUUUGCACUAUUUGAAAAUAAUGCUUCAGUCAUUCACUUUAACAUUUGCCUUGGGGGUGAGCAAGCACAAUGAUCUGAAGUCUCCUGUCCCUUGAGCCCCUGGCUGGCUGGCAGCCUUUGGGAGAUUGUCUUUCCAGGCACUUUGAUUUGUUGUUUCUAGUCAACUUAUCAGUUAGGGCUCAUUGAGUGCCUACAUGGAGAACAGGGUGCUCUUUGGUGCUUGGAGGACUCAGAGAAGCAUAAGCUGUGUCUCUGAUCCUCAAGAAGCUUAUGUGUAACCAGGGAGGCCUUUCAACUUCAAACCAAGCUGAGUUUGUGUCCAGCCAGUAAGACCUUCUAAGCAGGGCUUGUCAAAAUGUGUCCAAGGGUGUGAUGUGAGUGGUGAAAGCAGAACUUUAAAUAGGUCUCUGAUCUAUUCCUUUCUGUCAAGGGCAUUUAUUCUGUUCAAGAAGAAGGUGCUAAAAAUGAAGUAGGGAAAAUAAGGCCAGAAGUUCCAGUGAAGCCUCCCCUAAUUCAUCAAGUUUUGCUAUCAGACUCCAUUGGUCAGGGUGAAUCAUUAAAAAUCAAUAUAAAAUAUUACUAGCUUAACUCCCCUCAGUGGGGAGUUGGCAAAAGGACUAAACAAGACCCAUGUUCUAUCUAGCUUCCCCUGAAGCAUAUUACUUAACCUCUCUCAGUCUCCACUUGCCCAUCCAUCAAAUGGGAGCAACAGUAAAUUUUCUUCCAGACUCUCAGGAGUGUAACGAGGAUCAAUUGAGAUUCUGAUGAGUACUUUAGAAAGAACAAAAUGUAGCCCAAGUAAUCUUGGGGAGGGUGGGGAGCACGUCUCAGUCAUUGCCUCAUCUCAAGCGCCUAGUACAGUGUGGGUCUGGUACAUAGCAGGAACUCAAUGAACAUUUGUUGAAUGAACAAGCAAAUUGGCAGAUAUGAUGAUAAACUCACGAAGGGUCAUCAUUCCAGCAUAGCUGAGCCUGAGGAGAAGACUCCUCACCCCCUACCCCAGCUCUAUCCCACACAUCUAUCCUCUAUAGGGAAGACCCUAUCCUGACACUGUCUCCUCCAAAUCCACUGUAACAGGUUCCUCAUUCAGGGCAGCAAAGAUCCAAAUUGAAAAGUUCACCCUGGGUGAGGGAGCAGAGGCAACUGCUGACCUCAGUCAUCUCCUCAGGUUUCAAGGAUUGCAGGACUGUUGUCACAACAGGCUGGCCAGCUCCACCCUCAUUGCCCACUCCUGGCUGCUGAGGCAGGGGAAUGUUAGGCCGCAGGGUUCCUCAGCCCACAGCAGUACUCUGACCCGCGGAGAGGGAACCCUGGCACCAGGGAGCCACAAUGCACGAUCAGCCAAGGUCUCAGGUGCUCCGUCACCUCUUAACAUUGGCAAGUCUGCUGCUCCUGGGCGUUUGGUACCAGUCACAGAGACUCCUUGGCCAGCCCAAGAGAGCUUGCCCACUGGCUCAGCUUUCUCAGGGAGGGUGCCCGUACUUCCAAUGUCCAUGUCAUUCUCAUUAAGAGCCCCUACAGGGCAGGACCAUUCUCUGAAGGUCCCUUCUGCAGCUUGUGGGGUUGUGACAACCAGUCACUUCCCAAAGUCUGUAAUUUCUUUCAUUAUGCAUGUUUGUCUCUGUAUUAUCACCUCUCCACCCAAAGGUAAGCUCCAGAGGGAAGGGACCAUGUUGAACUUUCACUGCUUUCUCACCCCAUGUCGAGAACUGUGCCUGACCCAAAGUAGGUGCUUACAUGAGAUUUGUUGAAUGAAUGAGUAAAUGAAUGAACUCUUUUCAAUAUUAUUAUAUAUGAUUAUUAUGAAUGAUAGUGAUUGUUAUGGGUUGAAUUACGUGCCCCCAAAAUACCUGCUGUAAAUCCUAACUUCUGUGCCUGUGGUUAUAAUCCCAUUUAGGAAUGGAUUUUCUUUGUUAUGUUAAUGAGGCAGGACUAGCGUAGUGUGUAUCUUGAGUCCAUCUCUUUUGAGAUAUAAAAGAGAGUAAACAAGGAAGGGAAAGAAACAGAUGGGGGAAGAAAGAUGCCAAACCACAUGAAGAUCACCCAGGAGAGGAAGUUGAAGAGCAAGGACUUCCUCCCGAGCCGACAAAGACAGAAAGCCUUCCCCUAGAGCUGGCACUCUGAAUUCAGCCUCCAAAACUGUGAGGAAAUAUAUUUGUUUGUUAAAGUCAUCCACUUGUGGUAUUUCUGUUAUAGCAGCACUAAAUAACUAAGACGGUUACAAUAAAAAAAAAUAGGUAUUAUAAAUAAGUGAUACGUAUACAUGACUUGGAAACCCGGGUUACGUAGCGGUGAAGAGCUACAGUUGCUAAUCAAAAGGUCAGCAGUUGGAAUCCACCAGGGGCUCCUUGGAAACCCUAUGGGGCAGUUCUCUGCCCU